GGUUACGUGCUGAUCAGGGCGUAUGCGUGAGGUGCAACUAGAGGACGACAUCCACUGAAACAUUUCAGCGUCUACAUCUCGUUGGAAGUUCAGAAGGAAAAGGAGGAAGAAGAUUCAGCCCGUCGAAUUAAACAUUGGGUAUAUUCGACGGCUUAGUUCAUACUUAGUUAUCCACCAUGAACUUACUGUGGGCUGUCAGUGCCCUGCUGUUGAGCUGCUGGCAAGCCAAUGCUUCCACAGCGGGAUUUAUCAAGUCCCCCCUGUCUCGGAUGAAGCUGAUCAGUGACAGCGCAGAGCUGCACUGUGAAGUGAUUGGGAACCCCAUUCCUGAAGUGCAGUGGUGGUUUAUUCAGGGCGAAGAGCCCAACGAGACCUUCACCCAGCUCUUUGACGGGGCACAUGAUGACCGUGUGCUGAUUAAUGCCACAUAUAUAGCACACGCCACUAGCACCCUUCACAUCUCUAGCCUCAACCUCAACGACUCAGGCACGUACGAGUGCCGCGCUUCCAACGAUCCUGACCGUAACGAUCUCAAGAAGACGCCAAAAAUCAAGUGGAUCCGCUCGCAGGCAAACAUUAUUGUGAUUGAACCUCCAAACAUCAUUACCGAACCCCUUGAGGUCUUUAACCAGACCUCUGCAGUCCUGAGCUGCAACCUGACGGACCCCACCCUCCCCAUCAAGGGCUCCCACUGGGUCCACAAUGGCAAAGUCAUUGAGGAUACGAAAUCCGUUGAUACCACUGCAUACACAAAGCUCCGUUUGGAAAAGAUCACCCACAGUUCUGCUGGGAAGUAUGAAUGUGUGUUCCUGACCGAACCAGAGGUGAAGCAGACCAUUGAAGUCAAAACCCUUCCCCAUGUUGCUGCCUACAAGCACUCCGAGCACGGCAAUGAGAACGACAAAGGUGUGAUGGUGUGUGUGAGCCACAGCUACCCGCUGCCCACCGACUGGACCUGGUCCAAAGAGGGAAAUCCUAUCGCCAACGGUACUAGCAACAAAUAUGAGAUCAAGAGCACCCCCAACAAGACCACCCUGACCAUCAAUGACCUGAGCAUGGAGAACGACAUUGGAGACUACACCUGCUCUGGAACCAAUGAACUGGGCUUCAACAGUGAUAAGAUCCACCUGCGUGUGCGCAGUCGCCUGGCUGCUCUGUGGCCCUUCCUCGGCAUCGUGGCCGAGGUCAUCAUCCUGGUGACCAUCAUCUUCAUCUACGAGAAGAGGAGAAAGCCUGAUGAGGUCACCGACGAUGAUGACUCAGGAUCUGCUCCUCUGAAGAGCAACUCUACUGAAAAUCAUAAAGACAAGAAUGUGAGACAAAGGAAUUCUAAUUAGAAGCUAAAAGAGAUGGACAUCCAGACGGCAGUCCAGGACUCAGCUGUUGUGGCACAUUAUACCGUGCACCCUGCAAAUUUAAGAACCUUUUUGUUGGGUGUUAAUGUUUUAAGAAACUGACUGAUUUCCUUUUCUAGAUUUCUUCUAUAUUCUUCUCCACAUUGUGCAGCCACAGAACAUAGAGUGAAGUAAUUUCAGCUUGAGGCCGUUGGGCAAAUAUUGCAUGAGUUUAAAUUACCGGUAUAGCGAAGUGUGUGUUUGUUGUAAAAUCAUUAGACGGUUCAUGUGAUGAAUGCCUUUGUGGUUAUUUUCUGUCAAUGCUGACGCUUCCUACACUGGCCUCACAGUUGUCAAUCUGUGCUUUUAUAUUCUCCAAUCUGGAAGACCUUUUCUUUAAAACAGCACAAGCCCUGUAAAGUAGAAUUUGAAACUUUUUUGAUCCUGAUCACUGCCAUUUAUUAUCGCAACAACAAGAGUGCGUUUUAAAUCAUCCUAAGCAGAGUUUUAUACUUUGUCUUUACAACCACUAUUUCUCUUUCAUCAGUCAUUAUUCUGAUUUGAUGUCAUAAUGUCUUGUUGCCAUAAGAAAUUACAGUUCUUUUAGUAGGAAAUCACUUGUCCUUUUAAAAUCGCGCUUUUAUUUUAACAUAUUUUUUAAUUUGUAGUUUCUCACCUUUUGUUUUUGUUCUCACAUUCAUAGUAAAACAUAUAUUCUUAAGGACCAAGUGCAAGAGAUGUAACACUUGCUUAUGUUGAAUGCAUCUUGAAUACAACACACUCAUGUUUGAUUUUAAAGUACAGAAGAUAAACAUUUAAUUGGAUGUUUUUAUUUCUCACUCGAUCUGAGAUGAGACAUUUGUGUGCGAUUGUUGGACCGUUGUCUCUGUUACCUUCACUGUGUAGAUUAUACAGAAGCCAUAUGUUCCAUUUAACCUGAUUAGUGUUGUGAUUGGAUAUUGCCAUUUCAGAGUUAAACAGAUAAAAAAAGCUGACCAGAAUUGUGUAAAUUGUUGUACAAUCCAUGUAAAUGGAACACCAUCUGUUGUACAACUCACACAAGCUGAAUAAAGGCAUUCAAUUUUA